CUAAAGGCAUCACUCCCAAACCUCGUACGCAAGCAGGGAGGCUCAGCGCCUCACACGCCCCCUCCUCCUUCCCUGUAGCCCCGCUAUCUUUAGCACUGUCGCGGAUUACCGUGCACUGUGAGCUGGAUAGACUACCUGCUCCGUCGCUGCAGCCCUCUACUACCGAAGAGCGCUCUUUAAAAAGAACUACACGGCGACAAUACCCCACAAAGGAUGGGGGAAUGACAACAAAAUCCCCGUCCGCGGUUCUCCGUUCCCGACAAGACUACCACCUCCACCGCCAGCGACGAUGCUGCCGCCGCUCUCCAGCCCGCGGAGCGAACGCCAACGCCAACGCCGGGCUUCAACGCUGCUCCUGGCCGCGGUCGUGCUCUGUGCCGUCCGCGCCGCUGCUAGCUUUCCAGCUGGUAGAAUGUGCCCUCCCCACAUCGACUGUGCCAAAGAGGGACGCCACCUGUGCCAGCCUGGCUCCACCAGCUGUGGCCCCUGCCUCUCGGUGCUGGUGGAGAAUGAGAUGGGUCGCUGUGUGACCAGGAAGAGACAUCGUCAACAUGCGAAAGUGCAGUUCUACCCAGACCUGGAUGAAGAGAUCGAUUUCAUCCAGUCAUACAUCGAAAAACAGGAAGUUUCUGCGAUGGAACCACAGAAGACUCAAUUAAAACCUCCCGUCGCCGUCUUCUCCCCCAAAGCUGCAAGCAAGCUGGCUGCCUCCGAACAGGGGCAGUCGGGACAAGAUCGCUCGUCAGCCGAAACCAGUAACGGCACCUCUGCAGCCUCUGGCCGAGCAAGUCUUACCAACACAUCCACCCCCCAGGCCCCCGGAGUGGACGGUCGAGCGGGCCCUCUUAUCGAGAACGCUCACAAGGAUGACAAAAUCAUCAUCAUUGUAAUCUCCCUGUUUGUGGUGAUUGGCACCAUAGCAUUGAUCAUGGCAACUGUCUGCUAUGUCAAGUUGCGGAAAGAAUCUCAUCUGGCUCAGAAGGUGGACUAUCCCGCCUUCAGGGGAGCAGGUGUGACCGCCGCCACAGGUGGCGCUAAAUCGAUUGGAGAUGAAACUCUGGCGCAAAGUGCCCAAAUGUACCACUAUCAACACCAAAAACAGCAGAUGCUGUCCAUUGGAAAUCACAAACCAGAACAAAAAGUCAUUGAUGCCGAGGUCACCUCAGAUGAAGAAGAGGCCGGAGACUUCACAGUGUACGAGUGUCCGGGACUUGCACCGACCGGCGAGAUGGAGGUGAAAAACCCUCUGUUUGACGACUCCACCAUGCAUUAUCAGGGGAAUGAAAAGUGAAUGCUGAACACACACGUGCAAACACUCACACUGCAUGCAGACAAACGGAGGAAACCUGGCAGAAGACGAGACAUUAAACAAAAAAAAAACCACGUAUUGUUUCUCUCUCUUGGCCCUUUACUAAUUCAUCCCCGCCUUCUCCAUGCCUCCCUCCUCCUGCUUUUAUGACCCUCGUGUAAUGUUGGGUUCUUUGUGGAUUUUAAGUCUUUUAACACAAAGACUCCUUCUUGAGUUGUUGCUGUGAGCGUCCUGUCCUCAAUUAAAUUUUAAACUCUU